CGAGCCACCAUUAAAGCCCACGAAGAAGAAGAAGACGGAAGCCACUUCCUGUCCGUCUUUGACUCAGAACCGAACCAGAGCCGCAGAGACGAGAUGGCCUUGAGAGCCGCGUUGAGGAGCAAGUGCGUUUUGCCAGGUCUUCUUUCCCAGCGAUCCUCCUGCAGGGGUCAUGGCAGAGUUUGUGUGUCUCCGGUCCUCGCCGCUCAGCGGAGGAACAACUCCACCUCGCCUAAAAUAGACGUGAAUUUUGACCAAAGCACGGGUGUGGCUGUAAUGAGCUUGCAGAGUCCGCCGGUCAACAGCCUCAGUUUAGAUUUCCUCACGGAGCUCUGCAUCGGUGUGGAGAAGCUGGAGAUGGAUAAGAGCUGCCGAGGCCUCAUCCUCACCUCGAGCCAACCGAAGGUGUUCUCAGCCGGACUGGACAUCACGGAGAUGUACGGGAAGAGUCCCGAGCGCUGUGGAGAGUUCUGGAGAGCCGUCCAGGAGAUGUGGCUGAAGCUCUAUGGCUCCAACAUGAUCACCAUAGCUGCGAUCAAUGGCUCCAGUCCUGCGGGCGGCUGCCUCAUGUCUCUGACGUGUGACUACAGGAUCAUGGCGGACAACCCGCGAUACAGCAUCGGCCUUAAUGAGACUCAACUGGGCAUCGUAGCACCUUUUUGGUUCAAGGACACCAUGAUGAGCACAGUGGGCCACAGAAACACAGAGGUAGCUCUUCAGUUGGGGCUGCUCUACAACCCGUCAGAGGCCCUGAAGAUAGGACUGGUGGACCAGCUGGUACCUGAAGACCAGGUCCUCGCCACAGCCAAGCAGAACAUGACCAAGUGGCUGGCUAUUCCAGACCACGCCAGAGCGAUCACCAAGUCCAUGAUGAGGAAGCCAACCAUCGACAAGCUAGCGUCCAACAGAGAGGCCGACAUCCAACACUUCGUCGACUUCAUCACCAAAGACUCCAUUCAGAAGUCGCUGGGCAUGUACAUGGAGAUGCUUAAAAAGAGAACUAGAUGAGAGGGGCAACUUGUAGGAUGAGACCCGCGAUGGGGGGGAUUUUGUGACACUUGUUGCUGUUGGGCUGAGAUUGUUUAGUGCAGCCUGUGAAACAACAGUCAUCAUAUGUGCUUUUUGUUUGACUUCCCACAUGUAGCACAGAGGGACUGCAACUGCAUUUUGAUGCAAAACCCUGUUUUGUGCAAUUACAAUAAACAAACCGUAAACCUUGA